AACGUUGAAGCAGGUGUUGGAUGUGGUGUUGGGUUCAGCCAUGGUUUUGGAAUAGGACUUGCCUUGAAGCCUGGAGUUAUUCAGCGGGUUCAAUCUUCUAUUGCUCUAACAAUGGCUAAAAUCAUGAUGCGUUUGGGAAUUGCUCCCAAGAUCCCUUCAACUCAGAAUAUCAAGCCUGGGUCAUUUCCUAGUAAAAGUGCUCAAUCCUCAAUUGGCAGUGUACUAAAUUUGGGAACAAAAACUACUGGAAGUACACAGCAGCAUUUACUAAGUGAUAGCCCCCACCAGAAAUUUAUAAUUAGUUCCCCUGAAUCAAAAGAAACAUCAAGCCUAUUUGGAAGCAGGUCUGUAAAGUUUAUCUAUGAAUUCUUACAGAAUCCAGUUCUCAACAAGGAAGAAACAAAGGUCAGUGAAUUGGCGGAAAAUCUUCGUGAUCAGAAUAAUGUUCUUCAAGUGUUGCUUAAACAUCAACAAGUGAUCGAACAAUUGAUAGAGGAGAAUCAGAUGCUGCGCCGUGUACUUACUGAAGACUUGCAUGUUCAACCUAGCAAGUUGUACUCUAGUAGGGAGAUUAAGAAGGGAACAAACUACCAAUGUCCUGACUGUUUUGAAUGCUCAUGA